AAUUUGCAUUCGUGCAGUCGAUCGUCAGUUGCUUUGGUUUGUUUGUGGCGUUCAGACGAAACGGCGACAGUGCGAUUAACGGGGAGCCUAGUGGAAAAUGUUCAGCCUCGUGGUGGUUGUGUGCCUGCAGCUGCUAUUGCAGCAGUUUAUGGAAUCGGCUGUAGCCCAACCCUUUCCCAACUAUCAUACGGACUUCGUGGACAUCAAGCAGCAUAAGAAUGUGCCGAAAUGGUGGCAAACUGGCGCCUUCUAUCAAAUAUAUCCAAGGUCAUUUAAAGACAGCAAUGGCGACGGCGUGGGCGAUCUGAACGGCAUUGCGGAUAGUUUGCCUUAUCUGAAGGAAUUGGGUAUUACGGCCACUUGGCUGUCGCCCAUAUUUAGCUCGCCCAUGGCGGACUUUGGCUAUGACAUUGCCAACUUUACCGAAAUAGCGCCCAUCUUUGGCAGCAUGGCCGACUUCGAGCAUCUCAUGAAGGUCGCAAAAGAACUGGACGUGAAGAUAAUUUUGGAUUUUGUGCCGAAUCAUUCGAGUGAUGAGUGCGAUUGGUUCAAGCGUUCCGCAGCAGGCGAGCCAGACUACAAGGAUUUCUAUGUAUGGCAUCCCGGGCGCAUGGUGAAUGGUACUCGCCAUCCGCCUAGCAACUGGGUGAGCGUGUUCCGCGGCUCCGCUUGGCAGUGGCACGAGGGUCGCCAGGAGUACUAUCUUCAUCAGUUUCUUAAGAAGCAACCCGAUUUGAAUUAUCGAAAUCCGAAAGUGCGGGAAACCAUGAAGAAUGUUCUUCGCUUUUGGUUGGCCAAGGGCGUUGCCGGCUUUCGCAUUGAUGCUGUGCCCAGCGUGUUUGAGAUAGCGCCCGAUGCUGCAGGUCAAUAUCGCGAUGAGCCUCGCAAUGAUUGGGUCAAUGAUCCCGAUGACUACGGCUAUCUGCAGCACAUAUACACGGUCGAUCAGCCCGAAACGCUGGCAAUGGUGUACGAUUGGCGUGCCGUGCUGGAUGAGUUCACUGACGGCGACGAGCGCAUCUUGCUGGCCGAGACCUAUUCACCUAUUGAUAUUGUGAUGCAGUACUACGGCAAUGCAACGGCCGAGGGUGCCCAGCUGCCGUUCAACUUUCUGCUGAUAACCGAAAUCUCAAAUACUUCCAAUGCCAAUGACUAUGCACGCACCAUACAAAAGUGGUUGCAGCACAUGCCGCAGGGUCGCACUGCUAAUUGGGUGCUGGGCAACCACGAUCAGUGGCGCGUGGCCUCGCGCUUGGGCGCAGAUCGCGUGGAUAUGCUGAAUAUGCUGAUCACCACUUUGCCGGGCGCCAGUGUGACCUAUCAGGGCGAGGAGCUGGGCAUGACAAAUGUGUGGAUCUCAUGGAAGGAUACCGUCGAUCCCUCUGCGUGCAACACCAAUGCCAGCGUCUAUGAGCACUUCUCCCGCGAUCCCGAACGCACGCCCUUCCAGUGGAGCAGCGACGCCAAUGCUGGCUUUAGCAAUGCCAGCAAGACAUGGCUGCCCAUUGCCGAGGACUAUAAGCAGAUCAACGAAGAUGAGGAGCGUCAAAAGCCUGUUAGCCAUCUAAACAUCUAUAAGCACAUGCUGACACUCAAACGCGAAGUGCAAACUCUGCAACUGGGCGAAACUGAGGUGAAGGCUUUGAACAGUGCAGUUCUGGGUGUAAAACGCUUUCUUCAGCAUGACUUUAUCUAUGUGACAGUGCUGAACAUCUUCGAUGACAUCGAAACAAUCAAUCUGAAAGAAAGCUUCACAGAUUUGACUGAACAAAUGAAAGUUGUGAUGGUCUCAACCAACUCCAAACUGAAAGUCGGUGAUCUUAUCAAUGCCACUGCACUGGAGCUGCUACCCAAGGAGUCGCUGCUUCUGAGAACCCUGCCCACUUUUUACACGUACUAUACGAAUGGAGAAGCCCGUCAGCUGCCGGUGCUGGUCAUUUAUCUGGUGCUGGCUCAAGUGUUGCUCUACCUGAGCUAUCAUCGAGCCCUGUAGUUAUUACGAAUGCACAAAACCAAAUAAAUACUUAACCACAAUCAA